UUCUUGCAAGGUCAGAAUACCAACAAUAACAAAAAUAGUUAAGUUUGCAUGUAUUAGUUCAAAAUGUUGGAGAAUAAUUGGCAGAAGAAAAGUAGACCCUAAGCUUAUGACUAAUUUUUGCAGUUAAAAAAAAUGAGUAGGGAGUUCUAAACUGUUGAUUUGUGAGUUUUCUGAACAGCAGAAGCAUAGAAAUCUGUUUUCUGAUUGACUUCUCUGAACUGGAGAGAAGCUGCUGUGGGCAUUCAGCUCCUUCCCAGCAUGAGGGGAUCCAGGCAGGAGGGUGAUCUCCUGAACCCCUUCCCCUGGCUAAGUUCCUGCCCACAUUUUUGUCUCCAUGGGUACGAGGAGCUUUGCUGAUUCACAGAAACUAAGCCAAGCCCAAGGAUGGAGGAACUUCUGCAGAACACAGUGUGAGCUCUGGCUGGAGACUUUCUGGAUGAGUUGGGAGGAAGGCAGGCCGGCAGCCACAGCACAAGCCCUUACAACCACUGUUCCCAGAUCCCACUUCUGGUUCCACGCUCGCCCUGAACAGUGUUAUCUGAAGGUUCUUUGGAAAACCUACAUUGACCUUGAAAUUGAGCAAGGGGAGUACAAGAAAACAAGAAACCUUUACCGCAAGUUACUUUAGCAGAUACAGCACGUCAAGGAACAUGUGGGCACCCAGGACACAGAAUUGGUCUUGAAUCUGGUCCACAAUGAGAAAAACCCUUGACUGCCUUGCAUGUACGGCUUCUUCAACUCAACAGUGAACAAUUCAAUCCUAUGCCUGUGCCAUGAAGAGAGGAAAGACUUUUCUCCAAGUUUCUUGGGUAUUGUAC